GUUCAGCCAAUGCGGAAGUGUUCGAACGAGGAUCAGUUUUAAAUCGCGUGUUGCUUUUAAAUCGUCAAAGCCAUGUCUUUUCGUAACAUUUCCAAAGAGGCACUGGUUGGAUCCGUCGCAUUGGGAGUGGUUUUUGUCACCGGUUAUUUCUUUGGGAAAAAGAAAUCUUCCAGAAUGAGCAUCUCUAAAAGUCACUGCGAAGACAACCCACUGAUGAAAUAUGUCCUGAAUCACUCUUUGAGGGAGCAUCCGGUCCUGCAAAAACUCAGACUGAGGACAAUGGAAGACUCCUGGAACAUCAUGAUGGUCGCCAGUGAGCAGUCACAGUUCAUGGCCAAUCUGGCAAGACUAAUAAAAGCCAAGAAAGCAUUAGAGAUUGGAGUAUACACAGGUUACAACACACUGAGCAUGGCACUGGCUUUGCCUGACGAUGGAGUUGUGGUGGCAUGCGACAUCAGUGAAGACUACACCAACAUUGGCAAACCCUUCUGGAAAGAGGCAGGAAUUGAACAUAAAAUUGAUCUACGCAUACAGCCAGCACUGAAGACUCUGGAUGAUCUCUUGUCUUCUGGCCAGGCUGAAACAUUUGAUUUUAUCUUCAUUGAUGCAGACAAAGUUAACUAUGACAACUACUACGAAAAGUCUCUGCAACUGUUGAGGAAAGGGGGCGUCAUUGCGGUUGACAAUGUCCUGUGGGGUGGAAAUGUGCUGAAUCCAGCCCCUGAUGACCAAGACACUGUGGCCAUUGAUAAGCUGAACAAGAAGUUGCAUCGUGACACUCGAAUCACCCUGAGCAUGCUCACAGUGGGAGAUGGGCUCUCGCUGGCAAUUAAACUGUAGGACAAGCAUUUGAAAACUUUAGCAGUUUCGUAGGAAGGGAAACCAUGAAAUACUGUAUGUCCUUUGCAGAUUAGGUGAACAAUGUUAUGGCGGGUAUGUGAUUGUACCUG